UUUAAGUUCCAGAAAGUUCUGUGCCAUGUGCUUUUUUGUGUUAAGCCACUGCUGUACACAAGGGUCGUUGACACUAGAUGCCAGAAAGUCGGGCAAUGGUGGAGGUUAGAGCGACAACAAUGAUGAAAAUGAAGGAGUGAACAAUGUAGUGCGAAGUGUGAGUAGACACUGUACAAUGCAGAAUCCAAUGUUAGUAAACACCUACAUAUAGUGUGCAGUGUCAGUAGACACUGUACUAUGAGUAGACACCGUUGAAAGGUUGAAAUCUCUGGUAAGUUUCAUCAAACAGCAAUUGUCUAAGAAAGCUUAUUGUUGUCUGCUUUCAACAGGACUGUUUGGUUCUGUGUGGGCCUCGCACUUCCUGUCGGCGGUGAUCGCCAGUGAGCGGUGUUUCUGUGUCGUCAGUCCCUUCCACGCCAAGAGGCUGCUCAAGACGUCCACCAUGGCCGCCAUCAUCGUCGUGGGUUGUACCCUGUUGACUGCGGGCAUGUGCGCUAUCGUGGCUCCCAAACAUAUCUCUGUGUGUAGGUUCGAUCCCCUGACUAACAUCACGGACAAUAUCGUCUAUGUGACAAAUUAUUACCUGAAGAAUAAAACUGUUAUCGACAUUUUCGACAUUUUCGUCUACGCCACUGCGCUGCCGGGGAUCUUCCUGUCCGUCAUCAUCGUCACCACAGUCAUCACCUCCAUCAAGCUUCGAGCAGCUCUCGCCUGGCGUCAGUCAACCGUCUUCAAGACGACAACAGCAGCGUCAUCGACAUCUUCUGAUGGUGACCUGAAGAUGACCCACAAGGAGGCGAGUGUGACCCGGAUGCUGAUGGCCACGUCUGUCUUGUUCAUCGUGUGCAUCACACCCAACUUGCUGCUGCAGGUGACCACGCUGGUGGUGCCAGACUUCAGCCAGACAGGACUCUACCAACAUCUGAUAUCCUCUUGCUGGAGGAUCGUGUACUGCUUCUGGAUGAUGAACUCGUCUUGCCCGUUUUUUGUCUACUUUAAAAUGGGGUCAAAGUUCAGAGGUAUGGUGGAACUGAAAAACGGCUCAAAGCUGUACGUCAUUUACAACAACUUCGUUGUCAAGGGCGAGGACUCUCUGUACCAGUUCCACUUCGACAGUUUGAAUUCCGUACUCAACCCUACCGGCGACUGUCUGUCCGACCUGCGCGGCGCCAACUUCAGCACUUACGACAACGACAACGACGGUGACAGCAGCGUCAACUGCGCGAGUCGUCACAGCGGGGGUGGUGGUGGUACCAUUUGA